AUGGGAAGAGACCUGUGCCUGCGCCUGAGCCUGUGCUCGUGCCUGAGAGUUGCAGUGGAAGGUCGACAGGCCUUGGAACGCCGAAAGUACCUCAGCCGAGUUGAGUCUCUCUUUGCGCCGAGAGACCCUGAAGAUGCAAUGUGCGGUGAGGUGCGCGAUAUGGGAAGCGCCUUGUUGGAGGAGGAGGAGACUGAUCGUCUGCCCGUAUGCCAGUGGGACUGGGUCCGCAUGAAGUCGUGGCUUCCAGUCGAUGGACACGACAGGAGUGCAGGAGCAGCGAACGACGAGGGCCCAGAGUCCGAAAGGAGCGAUGGAGGGAAAGCAAAGCGACGGCUUCGGGCUCCCGUUGGUCGAUUAGCUCCGCGGCGAACUAGAGAUUGGGUUGGUCGAGACAAGCAGCCGACGCAGCACCCCGCAGAGCUUGAUGACGGAAAACUCAACAACACUAACAAAACCACUGGUCUUUCUUGGGUGUCGGACGGCGCAGAAGAUGUAGCAGAUGCCGUAAACAAAAAGUUCAAGCCACGACUAGAAUGGCGCAGUGGUGGACUGGCUGAUGCAACGGACGAGACGACAGUCCACUCAACAAAGCAGACUGGGAGUCCGGAUAGACAAUGGCAAACGGUACGGAUGGAGGGUCGAGACGAUCAGGCCGCUCGGUUUGUGGGGCGGUGA